UUGCUACCCAGGCUCAGCCGGCGGCCAGCGAUGCACCCGACAGGCCUGGCGGCGGCGGGGUCUUCGGGGACCACCCGGCAGCCCGCCAAGCGGAGGAUCCCCGUGGGGUCCCAGCCAGGCAUGGCUGACCCCCACCAGCUUUUUGAUGACACGAGCUCAGCCCAGAGUCGGGCCUAUGGGACCCCGCGGGCCCCCAGUGGCCUGGGCUACCCAGCAGCCUCCGCUUCACCGCAGGCGGCCUUCUUGGCUGACCCUGUGUCCAACAUGGCCAUGGCCUAUGGGAGCAGCCUCGCAGCGCAGGGCAAGGAGCUGGUGGAUAAGAACAUGGACCGCUUCUUCUCCGUCAGCAAGCUCAAGUACUACUUUGCAGUGGACACCAUGUAUGUGGGCAGGAAGCUGGGCCUCCUCGUCUUCCCCUACCUGCACCAGGACUGGGAGGUGCAGUACCAGCAGGACACCCCGGUGGCUCCUCGCUUCGACAUCAACGCACCCGACCUCUACAUUCCAGCUAUGGCUUUCAUCACCUACGUCUUAGUGGCUGGCCUUGCACUAGGGACCCAGGACAGGUUCUCCCCAGACCUGCUGGGGCUGCAGGCGAGCUCAGCCCUGGCCUGGCUGACACUGGAGGUGCUGGUCAUCCUGCUCAGCCUCUACCUGGUGACCAUCAACACUGACCUCACCACCAUCGACCUGGUGGCCUUCCUGGGCUACAAGUAUGUCGGGAUGAUCGGCGGGGUCCUCAUGGGCCUGCUCUUUGGGAAGAUUGGCUACUACCUGGUGCUGGGUUGGUGCUGCCUGUCCAUCUUUGUGUUCAUGAUCCGGACGCUGCGCCUGAAGAUCCUGGCCGAGGCGGCGGCCGAGGGCGUCCCCGUGCGCGGCGCGCGGAACCAGCUGCGCAUGUACCUGACCAUGGCCGUGGCGGCGGCGCAGCCCUUGCUCAUGUACUGGCUCACCUUCCACCUGGUGCGCUGAGGGUUCCCCGCCGGAAGCCGCCCCCCAGCCCCUGGCGGCCGCCGGGGGCACCGCGACUCAUCUCCUGCCACCCGAGGCGCCCUCCCACCCUGCUCGCCGAGGUGCCGAGUCUCCCGCUGCACAGGCCG